UGCAUGUAAUAAUCAUGGUAAGAUGGCGGCUAAAGUGAGAAGUCAUAGCCGUCAUGGAAGUGUAGCUAGAAUAGGACCCUACAACAUCGAGAAAACCAUCGGAAAGGGAAAUUUUGCGGUGGUGAAGCUAGCUACACAUUGUAUUACUAAAAUCAAGGUAGCUGUCAAAAUCAUCGAUAAAACACAACUCGAUGGAGAUAAUUUGAAGAAAGUGUUCAGGGAAGUUCAAGUCAUGAAGUUGGUCGACCAUCCUAACAUUGUUAAGCUACAUGAGGUCAUGGAGACAGACAGAAUGCUGUACUUGGUCACAGAGUAUGCAAGCAARGGAGAAAUAUUUGACCAUUUAGUAGCACAUGGCAGAAUGAAGGAAGAUGAAGCAAGACAGAAGUUUAAACAGAUUGUGUCAGCAGUAAACUAUUGUCAUCAAAAGAAUGUUGUUCACAGAGAUCUAAAGGCAGAAAAUCUGCUAUUAGAUGAAGAUAUGAACAUCAAGAUUGCAGAUUUUGGCUUUAGYAAUAUAUUUACACAUGACAAGAAACUCAAGACUUGGUGUGGAAGUCCACCUUAUGCUGCCCCUGAACUGUUUGAAGGCAAAGAAUAUCUGGGUCCAGAAGUUGACAUCUGGAGCCUGGGUGUAGUGUUGUAUGUUCUAGUAUGUGGUGCCUUACCAUUUGACGGCAGUACUUUACAGCUUCUACGGUCACGAGUUCUUGAUGGACGAUUUAGGGUUCCUUUCUUUAUGUCUACAGAAUGCGAGCACCUAAUUCGCCACAUGUUAGUACGAGACCCAGUAAAGCGAUACACUGUUAGUCAAGUACAACAUCAUCGCUGGAUGACAGAGGGCGGCGUUGUGCCGGUCAGCGGAGAUCCUGUUUACAUUGAACCUGUCAAUGAUGAUGAUGACGUAAACGAGGACGUUUUGAGGAUGGUGGAGGCAUUAAAGCUCGAUAGAGAGAAAACAAUACAGGCCGUAAAGUCCAAGAGCUACGACCACAACGCAGGAAUCUACUCAUUAUUAUACCAACGAUGGAAAAGGUGUAAGAGAAAGAACAGUAGCACAAGUACACAUUCUCAGCCAACAAUAGUCCCCGCCCUACCCCCCAGAGAAAGAAGUUCGACUACUGAUGACAGUGAGAUGAUGGACACUGAUGCUGAAGUUGAAUGUGUCACUGAGCGAGCACGGGCAAGACGAGAAUCUAUCGUUCCCGUCGUUCACGUGACACCCGACUCUCCAACGAGAGAAAUAACUAGUUCAUGGCAGCAAAACGAAGAUAAUGAAGCCGAGGAUCAGGUGGCUGAGGUGAUCCCACCAAACCUAAAGGCUUAUUUAUCAAACCGUCGAUACACAGUUACAGCUGUUGAUCCAAUGCAAGAAAUAUCCGACGAAUUCCGUGAAAUGUUGAAUCAAAAGUUCGUAACAAACCCACAAACUCCCGAAAACACUUUCGGUAUUCCGUCUUAUCCGGGCAUGCCUGGUGGUAUUCCAUCGUUUUCACCGACAACUGACCUUUCGCUUGCAUACAAAGAGCAAAUCCUUCAAGUACCGUCAGUGUUUCAGCUCAGGCAGCCUUUUGGUCGACGAGCAUCAGAUGGUGCCGCAAGCCUCGGAGCUGGCAUUGCACAGUUUAAUGCUCUACGGGCCCUGCAACAGCUUAGCGGAGAUACAGGAGAUCUUAGUAACCCGGGUUCUCAGGGCGAUAAUACACAGUGUUCUACUUCGCAAGUCCCAUUCUCCGUGUCUCCAGGCCCUUCCAGUCCACAUAUGAGCGAAGCCAACGACAGUGGAUCCGAUCAAGAGCCUGACCCCGAGGCUGUGGCCCGCUACCUAAGCCGACGAGGCGCGAGGCAACGACACACACUGGGAGUCACCGAACCAUCGUCGGAGAUUCCCGACGAUUUACAGAUGAAGCUGCUACAACUUCCUCUGAAAUCACGCCGCGGGUUUUCACCUGUGCGAGAACGGGCUCCGCGUGAAAACAACUUGAUUCCUACCCAUGCGGGAAUGAGAUAUACGUCAUCACGUAGGGCUUCAGAUGGUGCUGCGUCGAUUUUAGCUUUUAAGCAACAUCUUGAGCGAAACCAAGGAAGCGGCUCUAAAAGAAAUAGUUUAAAAGAGCUACAAGAAGAGCAUCAAAAGUUGAGGGAGCAAUAUGGGUCUCUUGUCGAAGAGGAGACUCAGCGGGUUCAAUAUCAUCAGCAGCAACUUCAUCAGCAACACUUUCAGCAGCAGCAGUAUCAGUUGAUGGGGCGAAGGGCAUCGGACGGCAGUGAGGCAUUAGUAUCAAGCAUUGYUCAGUUUCAACAACAAUUGCAGGAAAAACAACUAGAAAUGGAACUUGAAUCCAACCUUGGAACAACAUCUACGCAAGAUGAAGAGCUAGAAGAAAAAGAAAUCCUUCUUGAGCCACAGCUGCAGCAACAGAUGCAGAAACUGAAUAUYGAACCUUGCACUGGGUACGAGUCGCCAUCUGCUGGUAUCAGUUCMAUAUCUCCGCGUACMAGUGUGAUACUKGAAGAAACKGAUCAAUAUGUUAACACUGAAGACAACAGAGGCUACUCCAAUCAAAGUGGUCCUUCCGAYGGUCCAACCUCUUCGCUACUUGCCCUUGAUUUGUCGACAACGACUCCUUCAGAAGCCUCCCCUCCCCUGUCUCCACUGACAGCAGUCARCRUCAGUCAACAGUUUUCACCAGGGUUCAGUAGUUCCGGUGAUGAACAUAUUCAAUCUGACAUUUCAUUUCCUUUGAACUUAGCGCAUCUCGAGUCGACAGGUUUUGGUUCCAAUAUGGUUAACGAAAGUGAUUUGUUUGACAUUAAUCGGUUACCAUGGUCUUUAGAAACAGGACGAGUCUCUCCGACUCUCUCGCUUAUAUCAGGUAACCCACUGGCCAGGCACAUCGCUGCAACUACCGUUCAGCGUCGUCACGUUCGUCAUCACACUGUCCCUACCCCUCAAGAGUUAUGGAAUAAUGUAGACCUGAUUCGCCGAGUGGCAGCUAAUAACGUCAUGACUUCCCAGAACCACGCGCGCGACGUGCUGAAUAAUAAUGUCAAUCUAAAGGAUGUUAGUGGUAGUCCAGGGCUUCUGGGUACUUUCUCACCGAAUGGCAGCAUAUAUACUGAGCCAUUAUUCAAAUCAAGUAGUAAAGGAAGUCUUAACGAUGAACUUUCAGCUAGUGUCCGAUUUGCUGUCUCAGUGAGCAUUACGUCACAUAAAAAUAUACCGGAUAUUAUUGAGGAAAUACGACGAACAUUGGACCAGCAGUCUCCCAAUUUAGUGUAUGAACAGGCUGAACAGUUAUUUACUGUUAAUCACGGAGGAGUCUGUAUGGAGAUUGAAGUCUGCCAACUUCCCGAGCGGUCGCUUAACGGAUUGCGCCUGCGAAARGUCAGCGGAGAUGCKUGGAAGUAUAAAAAGUUGUGCCGAGAAUUGUUAACUGGAAUGAAUUUAUAAGAAAAUUGUAGCGGAAAUUUCAAYGAAAACAGGAYGUUGGCUUUUGUGCAAAACUUCGACAAUUGCAUUAUUGCUUAGUAAUGGAAAGAUUUGAAAAAUUCGAAAGUGGAUUAACCAAUCAGGCGUUCAGUAAUCUGGCGGCGUUGACCAAUCAUCUUGCAGUAUUAUAACUGUUGACCAAUAGUCGAUCAAAAAGCUGUCAGCAUGCAAGUGAUUUACAACUAUUAAUUUAUUUAAAAUUCCAUGCGUAGUUGAUGAAGCGAGUGAAUUUGAGGUCCCUCUCAAAAAGGUAUGGAAACAUUUUMAGAUUUAAUUAAUCAUUUUUAAUARUAAUUCUAUAUUAGGAAUACCCUGCCUACCACUCUUACCCUGCCAUAGUUCAUUGGUGGAAUGCUAUAUUAACUUAAGUAAUUACCAGUCCCUCUGUAUAUUACACUGCCGAAAACUAACGAAUAAGGAAGUGGACUUAGUUCAAUAGAAACAGAUGAAAAUGGAAAUUUAAUGCGAAAAGRCAGCAACACUUAUUUGUGCGUCAAUGCUUAAAUUGUCGGAUAAAGAGUAGCCAAAAACCGCAGUAGGUACGGCGGCACUAGCUCACAGUGUGGGUCAUGGCCAAUUUGAAUCAAUUAACAACCCAACUACUUUUUCUUUGUUGAUUGGAUUCCAUUUUACACAGAAUUGUGGUUAGGAGUCUGGUGACAAGAAAAGUUGUCACCAUUCUUCUGAAGCAGUGAAUUUUAGUAGAAUAUUCCGUGCAAAGUGGUAAGUAGGGUGUACAAUGUCGAUUGUGUAUCUGUUUAUCUUAUCUUAGAAAGAUUCCUUGCGAUAACUUGAGUUUCGAAAAUGUGUACACCAUCCUUGAAGGAAAUAUAUCGUACAGCAUUAGGCCAGUACUUUUGAACAAGAGACAUUGGUUAUUUAUAUUACAGAGUUUAUGGAUUAUAGAAAGACAACAUUGUUUUCCUUUGGUUUUAUUCAACUUUAUAGAUUUUUUUCAAAUUGUUUACCAAAUGUAUACAUUUUGUUUUAUAGUGUUUACCCAAUGUAUACAUUUUGUUUUAUAGUGUUUACCAAAUGUAUACAUUUGAAAGUCAAGUUAUCGCGUAGGAUCUUAUGUAUAUGAGAUUAUUGUAUGACCAUAUUUUAUAUAUAGGAAAGAUUCUUAAUAUAUGAGUGGAAAAUGUAUUACGUCAUCAUACCAAUCAAUGAUUGGCUACUGAUGAAAUAACUGACUUCCGGCCUGGAUUAGGAUAUAAGUCCCCCAAGUGACACGUCCUCUCUGUGUAGCUAAUACACCAAGUAACAGGGAUACCACAAGCGAAGUCCUAGAAACGUUUUCCAUGACGCCUUUUUAUUAUUUAAUGAGUAGAAUACUUGUAACAUGAACAUGAACAUGAAUGCCUCGAUGACUUGACAAAGGUAGAAACCUUUUCGCGCUUAUCAUAUGCAGUAUUGCAUUGCAUGAAUUUGAAUUUGUGAAGUUAUUCGAGGCGAGCACGUUCACUUGCUCAUUUACAUGUUCUUUUAUUCACUACCAUAUAAAAACGCGUUAUGUGAAAUCGCAAUUUUAUGUUUCAAACCAAUUUAGUAAAAGCGAGAGUAGUUUUAAAAUUAUAAAGUAUUUUGCGUCCAAUGUAUGAAGUAAACGUUUGGAUUUCAUUUAUUUAACGAGAAAUAUUCAAUAUUCGUUAAAAGAGUGUUUUGCCAUAUUUAUUUUUGUAGGAUUAAGUUGAAUUGAAUGUGUUGAUGUAAAUUAUGUUUUGAGCUCGUAGAGUUUUGUUGUGUGCUAUUGAAAUACAAGUCCUUUUAACCAGUCCCCUUAACACAGGGUCCCCAGCUGUGUGUGAAUAGUGGCAGUGUAACAUACUAAUUUCUGAUUUAUAACGAUUUGCGCGCGUGUAUUAUUUGACAAAGAGUGUUAGAUUUCUAAAAGUGAAACGUACUUUAGAUGUGUUAUUAAACUAAGUUAUUUAAGCAAAUGUAGUCCUCUUGUAUACUUGUAAAGUGAAGCUGCGAGAAAAACAAACUAUUAGAAUAGGCUAAAUCUAGAAAUUCUUUCAAGACGAAGUGAAUUAAACGAUCGAUUUUCAAGAUGGCGUACGCUAUCUGUGAAGGCUUGGCUACAUUUCCAAAAUGGCUGCCACAGGUAUUUGCUGUGCUCCGUAGCUCAGUUUGGCCUAUAAAUGUUUUUGUUUUUCAUAGACAGCGUUUAGUUCAACUAGGAAUGAUACUUGUAGACAAUAUUAUAAUGUACAGUAAAAAAAUGCUUGUUUCAUGAAUCUAAGAUAAUGUAAUAUAUUUACGCUUUGUAAAAAAGAAUUCAGAGAAAUAGAAGUGAACCGAGUGAACAUAGAAGUCUAUAUCUAUAUACAUGUACGUACAGAAGUCUCUUUAAUAGUACAAUAAAUAAUAACUAAGAAAAUCAUA